AUGUCCGGCACAUUCAAACUUGUGGUAAUAAUUCUGGUCGUUUUCUGCGCCAUGCAGAUCAAUUUCGAAGGAGUCGUAGCUGCUGGAUCCAAUGAAGUAAGACGAUACUGUGGCGCAAAGUUGUUCAUGACUGUAAGCAAGUUCUGCAAAAUUGGAGAAAACUGUGAAGCUAUUACUGAUAAUACACUCACCGAAAUCUGUUCAGUUGGAGUUACAUUUGUCAAAAUCCAAUCUCUCUGUUGCCAAUAG